AUGGCUACUCAAGAGUACAAGCUCGAGUUCGAUGACCCGAGCAACCUGUUCCCUCAGCAGAAGAUAUACGAUAACCAGAAGGUCGUCGUUCUCUCGGACUGGGAUGGCACGAUCACGAACAUGGACUCGAACGACUGGAUGACGGACAACAUCGGCUACAACCCCUACUGGGUCGAGGGCCAGACCGUCGAUGCGGAGACGACCGCCAAGGGCGGCGUCGAAGGCAGGAGCAGGCGGAUAGAGGAGAACGUGAUCAUUCUCAGGCAGAAGGAGACUGCUGCGCUUGCUGGCGGAGAGGCCGAGAUCAGGCAGGAGCACACGUUUAACUUUUUGUUCAAGAAGAUGAUGGACUCGGUCGCGAAGAAGAUUCCGCUCGAGGAGUGUGCGCAGCUUCUGCGGGCGAACAUCAAGCUCGACACGGGUUUCACGCAGUUCUACAACUGGUGCGAGCAGAGCGGUGUCCCUGUCGUUAUUGUCUCCAGCGGGAUGAAGCCGACGAUCCGCGCGGUGCUCUCGAACCUCGUGAAGCCCGAGCAGGUGGCCCAGAUCCAGAUCAUCUCGAACAACGUCGUCAAGUGCGACAAGGAGAAGGACGGGCAGCACUGGCGGAUAGUGUACAUCCACGAUAACGAGAACUACUCUAGCGCCGACGGCAAAAUCCACGGGCACGACAAGUCACAGGCGAUCCUGCCGUACGUGUCGCGAGACAAGGCGACGCGGCCGACGCUCUUCUUCUUCGGGGACGGCGUGUCGGACAUGUCGGCGGCGAAGCACGCGGACGUGCUGUUCGUGAAGCUGAACGAGGGGACGCACAACGACCUGAUGCGGUUCUGCCGGCAGGAGGGCAUCCACCACAUCCGGGUGCGGAGCUUCGCGGAGGCGCUGCCGGUCGUGCAGCGGGUGAAGGCGUGCGGGGAGGACGACGCGCGGCGCGAGGCGACGGCUAGGGUUGAGGUUGCGAAGGCGAUGAUUGGGCAGAGUGUGGAGGAUGUGCAGGUGGGGAUUGCGGAGGCGGAGGAGGCGAGCAAGGCGGGGGAUAAGGAGGCGGUGGGGAGGGCGAUGGGGGUGGUGAAGAGGGCGGAGGAGGCGCUGGAGAAGGCGAAGGCGACGCUGGAGGAGAGUGUGAAGGUGUUGUUGGAGAGCGCGAGGAAGGGUGUCGAGGUUUGA